UCUGCUCAUUGUGUGUUUGCUUCUGAGGACUUGCCAAUUAAAAGCAGCCGAUGCCUUUAAGCCAAAUAUCCUACUGAUAAUGGCAGAUGAUCUGGGCAUUGGGGACCUUGGUUGCUAUGGGAACGGUACACUGAGGACGCCCAAUAUCGACCGGCUUGCCGAGGAAGGCGUGAGGCUCACCCAGCACCUGGCAGCCGCCCCCCUCUGCACCCCGAGCAGAGCUGCGUUUCUCACGGGGAGACACUCCUUCAGAUCAGGCAUGGAAGCCAGUGAUGGAUACCGGGCACUCCAGUGGAACGGGGGCUCGGGCGGCCUCCCUCAGAAUGAAACCACAUUUGCCAGAAUCCUGCAGCAGCAAGGUUAUGCAACGGGCCUCAUCGGAAAAUGGCACCAGGGUGUGAAUUGUGAAUCCCGCACCGACCACUGCCACCACCCACUCAACCACGGAUUUGACUAUUUUUUCGGCAUGCCUUUCACGCUCGUGAAUGACUGCCACCCAGACAGGCCCCCGGAAGUGGACGCCGCCACGCGAGCGAAACUCGGGCGUUACACCCAGUUGCUGGCCCUGGCGAUACUGACCGUUGCGGCCGGCAAGACCUGCGGGUUACUCUCCGUGUCCUGGAAGGCGGUCAUGGGCGCGGCCAGCCUCAUCUUCCUCUUUUUCGUCUCCUGGUACGCCAGCUUUGGGUUCGUGAGCCGCUGGAAUUGUAUCCUGAUGAGAAACCAUGAUGUCACAGAGCAGCCCAUGGUUUUGGAAAGGACGACCAGUCUUAUGCUAAAGGAAGCAGUUUCCUACAUUGAAAGAAAUAAGCACAGACCGUUCCUGCUGUUCUUUUCCUUGCUGCACGUACACAUCCCCCUUGUAACCACAAAAAAGUUUCUUGGGAAAAGCCAGCACGGCUUAUAUGGUGACAACGUGGAGGAGAUGGACUGGCUUGUAGGUGAAAUUCUUAACGCUGUCGAAGAGAAUGGUUUGAAAAACACAACAUUCACGUAUUUUACCUCAGACCACGGAGGGCAUUUGGAGGCAAGAGAUGAACAUGGCCAGCUCGGGGGAUGGAAUGGAAUAUACAGAGGUGGCAAAGGCAUGGGCGGCUGGGAAGGCGGGAUCCGCGUCCCUGGGAUAUUCCGGUGGCCCGGGGUGCUGCCGGCCGGCCGAGUGAUCCGUGAGCCCACCAGCCUGAUGGAUGUUUUCCCCACCGUGGUCCAGCUGGGGGGUGGCCAGAUACCCCAGGACAGGGUGAUGGAUGGCCGUAGCCUGGUGCCCUUGCUGCGGGGAGCUGCUGAGCGCUCGGAGCACGAGUUCCUGUUUCAUUACUGUGGGACAUACCUCCACGCGGUGCGCUGGCAUGACAAGGACCGAGGAAGACUCUGGAAGGUCCAUUACACGACGCCACGGUUCCACCCCGAGGGAGCGGGCGCCUGCUACGGCCGGGGCGUAUGCCCCUGCUCCGGGGAGGGCGUGACCCAGCACCGCCCCCCAUUGCUCUUUGACCUCUCCAGGGACCCUUCCGAGGCACAGCCCCUGACUCCCGGCUCCGAGCCUCUGUACCACGCGGUGGUGGCCAGGGUGGGCGAGGCGGUGGUGGAGCACAGGGAGACCCUCAGUCCUGCGCCCCCACAGUUGUCGCUGGGUAACAUCGUGUGGAAGCCAUGGCUGCAGCCGUGCUGUGGAACCUUCCCCUUCUGCUCCUGUGACCGGGACGGAGACCACAGUGAGACGUGACCUCAUGUUAGUCGGAAGGUUGCCGUCAA